GGAGCGCAGAGCGGAUCGGGGCUUUGCCGCGGUCAGUCGCCGCUGUGCUGGACAUGGCCGCUGUGCUCGUGUCCUUGGCGGUGGUGGGGGCCGUGGUGCUCGGCUGUGAGGGGGCCCGGUGGGCCGCGGGCCGGUACCUGCCCGGGGCUUUGUGGCCGUACGCGCUGGAGGUGGCGUGCACGCUGCAGCUGUGCUGGUGCGCGCUGGAGCUGAAGCUGCUCGGGGAGAGCGCGGAGCUGCCGCUGUCCGCGCGCCUCACGCUGCUUUACGUCGUCACGGCCGUGCACGUGGGCACUUUCCGCGGGGCCAGCUGUUCUUUCAUCGGGCCGCUGGAGCGCGCGUGCCGCCGGAAGAUGAGUCUCGGGGCGGCCGCGGGGGUCGCGUGCGCGCAGCUGGCGGCGGCUCUCGCGGCGCAGCCGCUCGCGACGCUCGUGUGGUCCCGGGGCUGGUCCGACACGCACGCGCGGCACCGGAGGUUCGGGUACCGGUGCUUCGACCCUCUGGGCGGGACGCUGCCGGAGGCCGCGGCGGUGGAGCUCGCGUGCGGCUUCGUGGCGCAGGCGGCGGUGCUGCACCUCCACAAACUGCAGCCGCCACUCCGGGUGCACGCGCUCAGCGCCGUCAUCACCGCGCUCGUGUACGCAGGUGGAGCUGUUUCUGGAGCUGUGUUUAAUCCCGUUCUGGCCGUGUCUCUUCAGUUUUCCUGCAGUGGACACUCGUACCUCGAGUACAUGUUUGUGUACUGGCUCGGACCCAUCCUGGGUGUGGCCAGCUGCAACCUGCUCUUCGAGAUCAUCCUCCCCUUCCUGUGUGGGCGGAGCUUCGUCACCGAGGAGACGCGCAAACAGAAGAGGCAGUAAGUCGUGGUCCUGCCGGGGGAACGUCCGAGAGAGUCCGUCCUGCUUCACGAACCCCCGCCACAUUUGAAAGAAGCUGCGUUUACAGAACUGUGAGCCCGAAGCCGCGGUACAAUGCUGGUACCUCCUCGAAAACACACCUGAAAACGACAUGUCCGCGGAGACGAGCGAGUACCGGACCGUCCGCCUCGUCCCACGAAAAGCACAAGGUCACGCCGGAGCACCAGGACUGGGAGUGUUCGGGAAGUGUUACAUUUUACAAGUCGUGUCCAAAGACGGCGCCGCACAAAGACCUCUCCAACAUGGCCGCAGCUGAGACAUUGUCUUUUUUUUUUUUUUUUUUUAAUUCAACAUAUUCAAAAAUCAUACAAAAUCACACAAACAACACACAAUACAUGGGGUACCGUGCGACAACCGACAGAGCUUUUUCACAACGACCGAAAGUGUAGCGACCAAACGUCCGUUUUUCCCCACACGUGUCAGUUUUUUUUACGUCCUGUCUUGGGCGUCCGGGUUUUUUUUUUUUUUUUUUAAGUGAUGCAAAUGUCCGGGUUUUCAUUUCCGUUCAUCGGGGGCAUUAAACUGAGCAUCUCUCCCGAAACGGCGAGACCGCGAAAGGUGACCGAGCGAGGGACGACUGUAGCUCAACGUCGAGGCCCCACCUCCCGCCCCCGGUAAGGCGUCCGGGUUUUCACAAACGGAAAUAUGGUCACCCUAGUAACAGAAACCAAAAUAUCAUGAUAUCGUAUCGUCAGGUCUCACAAUAAUAUCGUGCGCUGUCGUAAUAUGUCAAAUUACGUCGCUUAAAUUCACGGUUUUACAGCAGCGACAGCUUACGAGCACGUGGAACUACAUUUCCCAUGAUUCAUUUCAGCGCGGACAACACGAAGAAAUGUGUUUUUACGUGAAUUCUCGGGCUUACGACGGAAAUAAUUCACGCCAAAAAUCUCUUCAAGGUAUUUUAAAAGCAAAAAAAGUGUCCCGUCUAUAAAAUAUCGCAAUAAAUAUCGUACAGCGAGAUGCGUAUCGUGAUAAUAUCGUAUCGAAAGAGUAAACGUCACUUCUGGUUAAUGGUUUUCUGCGGCAAAAUGUGUAAAAAUGUAAAUGUAAAAAUGUGACGUUUACCCGACGGCACUUCCGGCCGUUGUGAAAAAGGUGAAAAAAAAAAAAAAAAAAAACCUCACACCCUUAACCAAAUAAAUUGCAGGGGAGAGUGAAAAUGUUCCGUUGUAUCUUUUAAUCGCUUUUUUUUGUUGUUUUGAUUUGUUUUGUCUGGAAAUAUUGUUGUGUUUGGUUAUUUUAGUGGUGACGGUGUGGUUUCUUUAGAGUGCGUUUUGUUUUGUGUGUGUUCUGUUUUGUGUGUGUGUGUGUGUUUGUCCAGUGUGACUCGAGUGUGAAUCUGCGGGUCACGCGCUCGUCACAUUCCGCAGGAGUUUUUUUUUGGAGUUCUUUUGUGAGCGUCGAGCACAAACCGAGAGUUAACACCUUUGCACAUGAACUAAACUGAGCCUGUCCCACAAUCUGUACUACUACUACUACUACUACUACUACUACUACUACUACUACUACUACUGCUACUACUACUACUACUACUACUACUACUGCUACUACUACUACUACUACUACUACUACU